UGGAAAGCCUUUUAAUGGCAUCUGAAGAACUCUGACACAGAGUGAGAGAGAGAGAUCAACUGUCGUUAAAAAGGUGUGUUUUUAUGAGGGAGGGAGGACAGGACAGGACAGGACAGGAUAGAUAGGAAGGAUUAAACUAAGGGCGAGAGAGGGGGGCAAAAGCCGUUCCUUUCUUCCUCAGUCUUUAUUAGUUUUGCAGUUUCUUUUCUCCUCCUCCUUCCUUAUUAUCACCAAAUCCCCCCCCAUUUCUGUCGUUGGCGUUGCUGCUGCUGCUGCUGCUGUUGUUUAAGCAUCUCUGUCUGUCUCUUCCUCCUUUAUCCUUGGCCUCUUCCUUCCACCACCACUGUCUGCCUCACCUUAACCCGCUUCCCCCACCAUUAACUCCAUGGGAGUGAUUGCCCCUCACAGUAGCAGCUAGAGAAAGAAGCCUUCCCCCCACAACAGACGACACUGUUCCAAUAAGUUUCCUUUUCUUCUUCUUCUUCUUCUUCUUCUCUUUUUCUUUUUGGGUAGGGGAAAGGGGGGGAAAUGGGUUGCUUUCCCUGUUUCGAUUCGAGGCAAGAGGUGAAGCUGAACCCCGAGAAGGAACCCGAUGAUCGGAAUCAGAAGCAGGCCCCUCCUUCGGUGCCCGUCUCCUCGAACACCUCUAGAUUGCCCUCAGAUAGACUCGGGAUGAGAAGCAAUGGUGGAUCCAAAAGGGAAAUACCCGCUGCCAAGGAUGGGCCUGGGGCACAAAUUGCUGCUCAGACCUUCACCUUCCGGGAACUUGCAGCUGCGACGAGCAAUUUCAGGCCUGAGUGCUUAUUAGGGGAAGGGGGAUUUGGCUCAGUGUACAAAGGGAGACUCGAGAGCACUGGUCAGGUUGUAGCAGUCAAACAAUUGGACAGGAAUGGUCUUCAGGGAACCCGUGAAUUUCUGGUGGAGGUUCUAAUGUUGAGCCUUCUCCAUCACCCGAACCUUGUGAAUCUCAUUGGUUACUGUGCCGAUGGGGAUCAACGGCUUCUGGUCUAUGAAUUUAUGCCCUUGGGGUCACUGGAGGAUCACCUUCAUGAUCUUCCCCCCGAUAAGGAACCACUGGAUUGGAACACCAGAAUGAGAAUAGCAGCUGGCGCUGCUAAAGGUUUGGAGUAUCUUCAUGAUAAGGCAAACCCACCUGUUAUUUAUAGGGACUUCAAGUCAUCAAACAUAUUAUUGGAAGAAGGGUUCAACCCAAAACUCUCAGAUUUUGGGCUAGCAAAGCUCGGUCCUGUUGGGGACAAGUCGCAUGUCUCCACUAGGGUUAUGGGUACGUAUGGUUACUGUGCUCCCGAGUAUGCCAUGACGGGGCAGCUCACUGUGAAAUCUGACGUUUACAGUUUUGGGGUUGUCUUUUUGGAACUGAUCACUGGCCGUAAAGCCAUCGACAGCACGCUUCCUCAUGGAGAACAGAACCUCGUCACAUGGGCACGCCCUUAUUUCCACGAUCGCCGGAAAUUCGUCAAACUAGCAGACCCACGGCUUCAGGGGCGAUUCCCGAUGCGCGGGCUCUACCAGGCACUAGCUGUGGCAUCAAUGUGCAUUCAGGAACAGGGAGCCGCUCGCCCUCUCAUCGGAGAUGUAGUCACAGCCCUAUCUUACCUCUCUAACCAGGCUUAUGACAACUCUUCUCGAGGGUCGGGUAAUAAGGAGGGGAAGGCCAAUGGAGAAGAGAGGGGAGGAGGGAGGAUUUUGAGGAACGAGGAAGGGGAAGGAUCGGGUAGGAGGUGGGACCUUGAGGGUGGGUCGGAGAAGGAAGAUUCACCUAGAGACACCGCGAGGAUCCUAAAUAAAGACUUGGAGAGGGAACGGGCCGUUGCUGAGGCAAAGAUGUGGGGUGAGAACUGGCGAGAGAAGAGGAAGCAGGAUGCACAGGGAAGCUUCGAUGGAUCUAAUGGUUAGUCUUCCCUUCUAGACUUGCCAUCUCUGUUAUUGUAGAAUUGUUUAGAUUACUGUACCCUCCUUCUCGACCUCAAGCCUUCCCUGAGGUGCCUUUGCUUUAAUAUGCCGAGCACCAAGAAGCUGGAACUCACAGAAAAGGUCAUAGUGUUUCGCGUUCAAAUCUCUUUGAAGCACAUUUUCUUCCUUUUCUUAUGUAAUAAAUACAACAAGAUGGGAGUCGGUUGAGGAAGGUAAUGUUAUUUCGGCAUAAAUAUAGCAAGGGCAGAGUGUUGGGGGUUGCGAUGAGAGUUGAAAGCAUGUCUCAGGACAUUCGGGUUUGGCUCUUGUGAACCGGAACGUUUGUGUUGUCUGUUGUACCCUUGUACUCAUAUAUUUUUCCUUCAGCAAACAUUUGUCAACCCUGAAGAAGAGAAAGUUUUGAAAGUAAAGAUGUCUCGAGUCAGAUGAUUGAUGGCUUGCUUUAGGUUU